GAUGCAGUCAACAUCUCAUUCUGCGUCAUCUACGUGAUCAUUUUUCUGGUGGCCUUACCUGGAAAUCUGAUCGUGGGCUGUGUGAUCGGUUCGAACAGACGAUCACUUUCUUCUUCGGAUGUCUACUUGUUUAACCUGAUGUUAGCCGACACUCUAUUGGCUCUAAUCUUGCCUUUCUCUGCCGUAUCCGUAGUUCACGGCUGGGUGUUUGGGGAUUUCAUGUGUAAAGUGGUGUCCCUGGUGAAAGAAAUAAACUUUUACACCAGCAUCUUGUUUUUGGUGUGCAUCAGUGUGGAUCGCUAUAUGGUCAUUGUGCGCGCUAUGGAAUCCCAGAAUGCUCAGCGGCGGCAGUGCAGCGGUGUCGCGUGUGCAGUGGUGUGGUUUUUUGGUGGCGUGCUUUCCUUACCCUCGCUUUACAAUGAGGCCUAUUUUUUCAAAAAUGGCAAACAGAUCAUAUGUGCCGAACGCUUUAAAGUGCACAGUGCUGACGAAUGGCGACUGGCCACACGUAUCAUGAGGCACCUGCUCGGCUUUAUACUCCCUCUAGUGGUCAUGUUGACGUGCUACAGCAUGACAGUAGUGCGGCUCUUGCGUACACGUGGUUUCCAGAAGCAGAAAGCCAUGAAGGUGAUAGUCGCUGUGGUCGUGGCUUUUCUCUUGUGCUGGACCCCUUUUCACGUUGCCACGAUGGUCGACACGCUGUUGAGGGUCAGAGCCUUUAAAUUCAGUUGCUACACACGGAGCUCUGUGGAUGUUGCCGUGUUUGCUACGCAAAACCUAGGACUCGUGCACUGCUGUGUAAACCCGGUGCUUUAUGCUUUUGUGGGAGAAAAGUUUAGAAAGCAAUUUUAUGCAAUUGCUUUAAAGAAAAGGAGUUCUGGAUCGCUUUUCAAUCUCUAGAUCUAGCAGGUCUUCUUCUCUGCAAUCUGAAGUCACUUCUAACUUCCUGUGAGCUGCAGUCAUGCAAUGAACAUCGAUGUAUGUAAAUAAUUAAGACAAACUGAUACUACCUGUCUUUGUUUGCUUGUUUUACUACGUUCUGUUGUAGUGGCUAUAAUGUUGUUAUGCGAUGGCUCCCUCUAUUGUUCAAAGUCAUCACAAUGCAGGGUGAUGUGAGUGUUAAGAGAGAAAAUUGGCUAUAGGCUGGCUGAGCUUUCAAAACAAACUAUUACUUUUAUUAUCACAUUUGGGUUCCGAAUUGAAUAACAAUAAAUCUCAGUUUUUAAAAUGUUGUGUAACUCAACAUGAAUCAUCUGUGAUACAAACAUUAGUGAUGCUCCAAUUUGUGUGACUUGUUGAGGAGAGCUCACAAAUGCAUUGUUACAUUAUUUUAAAGUACUUUUAUUUUAUUCAUGAUUAUUUUUAAAAGACCUUUCAUAACUUUUCUAAACUAUUCUAACUUGAGAGGUACUUGUAACUGUCAUAUAAAUGUAAUGUUUGAAUGCGUCUGGGUGCAGACUAUUGUGUAAUGGUUUAUAAGUCCAUAAAUGCAAUA